AGUCUCACUAUAUUGUUGGAAAUAGUUUUAACUGGAAUCCAUAUAUGUUUCCUUCCGAACGUGGCAUAUCUUCUUGCUGUUACUGAAUGAAGAAACAGAUGUAACUUUGUACAACCCCCUUCUAAAGCAGUCGCACAGCGAUCAGAGCUGAAUCGUCAACAAUUGUGCGACUCUAAUUAGUUGCUUUUAGUUUGUUGCAAAGCAUCGCCACCGCACCGUAUUCGCGUGUAGCGGUGCAUGUUGAACGUGUUGUAAAAGCGUGCUCGUGUUUAGUUGUUAAUAAUGCGUUCGCAUGCGUUUAUGUUAUGUAUUGCUGCAUCCUGUACGUAUCACGUGUAUCCCUUUCGUUUGUGACCGUUGUUGUAAAACGAUGUGAGAGGAGGAAAGAGAGAAUGCAGUAAGUGCAAGACGCUUUUGGAAAAUAGAACCGUUAUUGUAGUGUAGCUCCCGCUGCAGUUUGCAAAACUCCCCGACUAGUGCGCGGGGAAAGGCUUUGAGCUUUGCAUAUACGGGUGCGCGAGUGCCGCUGCUGCGUGCUUUGUGAGUGGUUGUCAAAAGCGAAGGUAGAAUAUAAUCGGGGAUUGUCCAACCACUACAACCCCCCUUUAAUUUCUGCUUCGAUUUCGGUCAACGCUCCACGUGAACCAGCUCCGUGGAGGGAUAUGGCACCGUUUAUUAUUGAGUGAAAGAAGAAAGCGGAAAGCAAAACCAAAAACCAAAAAUCACAUAUUCGACAAGUCGCCUUUUAUACGCUCUCCUGUGGUCGUCAUGUCGUAUUGUUGCCAUUCCUCCACGUGGUGCUUUCACACAGCGACACAGCGAAGAUAGGAAGGAAACGCACAUUAUGUAACAACUAAAAAUUGAAGAAAAUCUGAAACUACCCCAAAAAGAAGCAGAACAAACAUGAAAAAAUCACACAAAUCCGUCUGAUAAUAUUUAAAGCGAAGAAAAGAGAAAAUGACUAUUGCAGUCGCUGCAGUAAAAUCGGUGUCAAACGCUAUUUGAAGCCGAACCAGAGAGAUUUGUAGAUCCUGCAACAUGCCUCCAGGGAGGAGGAAAGCAAGAAGACAAGGCUGCAAGCAACGCAUUUGAGCACCAACAAAACAGGUGUCCUAUGCCACUUGUAACUGAGGCUGCUGUAUGCGCUACAACUGUCUCUUGAAACCAUUGAGGACUGUUUUAAUAGAAAUCCGUGCCGGGUGUCGCGCUCUAGCUCUGUUGAGAUCAGCAAAAUUAAAAGCAAAAGAAAGAUUAGUUGAUGCUCUGAAUGGCCAUACUAAGAGCUAUGACUUUAUUGUAAGCUCGUUUGCUUCUAAACUUCUUUUGCUCAGCUCCGGUUUGGGGAACUAAAGUACCUUGUUUGUUCGGAAAUUCCUUUCUUCUAAUCCACUGAUAAUUAGGUCUUGCGUUUGAAUUGAACAAUGAUUUUAGCAUAACAGAAGAUAACUUAUUACUAGUGUUCGUUUAUCUAUUUGUUCGUUGAAACUCGAGCUCUAUGGGAUUGAUAUUUGACCAAGAACUGAAGCGUGAACACCGGCAGGAUGUUUGAUUCAGCAUGGGUAGACAGCUAUAAGAAAAGCAGGUGACCGACGGCUAGAACAAAACAUACGCAGAUUGCAUUCAAUAGGCACGCUGUGGAGAACGGCGGCGGUGAGAAUGGUAAGAUGAAUGAUUCGUGUACAUUAGUUGCAUGUUAGGUAGAGUAAAAACACUACAAUAUUAACCAUACUGUAACAACAAACAACAACAACAACAAAAACAACAAUACAUUAUGCCAGACACCGACGGGUGGUCAAUGAAUCGCGAAUGAUGAUGAUGAAUUCGGGAAAAAAAAACCCUCAAAACAAACCAAAACGAGAGAAAGAACCGAAAAUAAAAUCAACAAAAGUACCCUCAUUAUGCGUAUAAUUAGUGGCUCGUCGUGUCGGGCGUGUCACAUACACCGAUGUUUAUACACGAAGCAGCCAUAAUUACCAAAAAGCAAAGCAAGCAAAAAGAGAAAACAAAGGAAAACAUAAAGAUGGAAGGCAAACCAAACAAAAUAUAUACACAGCAAAGUGAAUAGCGAAGCGAUAAGAGGUCACCAGAAUAUAUGAAUAAUUAGCGCAAACUGCAUGUUACACAAGUCAAGAAAAGGAAGCGUGCGAAUGGAACAGUGGUGAAACGGCUCGCCUCAAACCGUUCGAUAGGGACCGCAACACCUGCGGUCCGUGCCUGAUGGUAAGGUGCGCGUGCACGUUAAAGAGAAACCAAAAAUUUGGAUUAAAAAAUCAAGAUCGAAAGACAGCCUUUUCCGGAAAAGAAGGUGGAAAGGUGGCUCCAACGACGCACGUAUAUGGCACAAACACGGGAAAUAAGUAUAUAUAUAUACAUAUAAAUUAUAUAUAUAUACAUAUAUACAUACAUACAUACAUAUAAGAUGUGAACCAUGUAUUGGGCAGAAAUAUGUGGUGUGGAUGUAAGAAAAAGUCAAAGUGAGAAACAAAUUUAGACAUUUAUAAGGACACGCCAGGCAUAUCGCGCCAAGCUGAAGCGCUAAUGCAGGCGAGAAUUGGUUUUACGAUGAGCAAGUGAAACACACAAGGCCGCCUCGGUGUACGUACGUUAGUUUUCGCGAGCUCCUACUCCCACAGAUUGAUGAGCAAUUUAGUAGAGGCAAGGAGCAGCAGACAUUCGAUUAUGAGAUGAGAAACAAAGUACCAGCCAGCCGCAAGUACUCCCAAACCGACCGACUGUGGCGCAUUUGUUUCGAAGCGCAAAACACGUGAAUAAGAUCGCACGAUUCGAUCUUCGCUUUGAUCAAACGCAUUAAGCACCCCACGUAGUAUUUGUAUGUGUGUGUGUGUGUGUGUGUGUGUGUGUGUGCACGUGUGUAUGUGUGCGGGUGUGAGUCUGUACGUACUACCGUCGUACUUCCCUACCAUGCCUACCUGCUACGCUCUGGCAAGGAUCCACCGCUUCAGAUUCGGUGGAGCCGCAUAUCGUUGAGUGUUGCGAUCGUAGAAAAUAAACGCAAACACAAAACAAUUGAAAAAGAAACAAACAAAACAUACAAUGUAGGAUGAAAUUAUGAAAAUAUUAAAAAAAAACCCACAAAUGUCCCACCGUGAACCACAAAACCACCAUCCCCCACCCCUUUUCGCUUUCCGCGUCGUCGUCGUCCUUAUUAAUCAAGAUCUACGAUCCACCCACGCGAUGCAUACCCACACACAUCCACACACGUACACAAGCUGCUAAUGCUGCGCUGCAAUUCCCAAGUGGUGCACCUUUUAAAGCAUCUCUCUUGUGUUGUGUUUUCCCGUAAAAGACUGUCCUUUCCUUUUGUGCGGUUUCUAAUCGAAGGGCAAAGAAUGAGUGCAUGAGUGGCCGUCUUUUCAGGACACCGGUUGUGCCCUGAAAGAGCAGAGUACGGGUGUAUGAACGCGAAUGAGAGUGAAUGUGUGAUUGGAUUAUUUUAUCAAGUGACCCGGAAUCAUAGCAGCCAUAGCCAAGGGUUCAGAUGGCGAGCGGUCAUAGCUAAUACACCGUCCCGUUACCGGUUCACGAUAUGCUAUUCAUCUUAGCAGACGAUUACAAAAGCAUGCACUUCUAUAACAUACCUGUGGCGUAACCGACAUCAUUGAUUCAUAAAUGGCCGGCCUCUUUUGACUGAGGAUGUUAUUUGGAGUUGGACUGUUGAAACGCACCGCGCUGAAUCCUUCGACUACUAGAUUCCCGGAACCAUGAGCUUGGGUGCCAGUACAAAACGCGUAGCUCUGUGUAUGGGACUCCAGGAUAGCGGUAUGUCGUUUAUUGAUUUUCCGUGUUUCGUACUCUGUGGACGAACACUCUGCUCGCUUCCGAAAUAUCAAAAUGUGUGACCCCGAGUGGUGUGAUAAUAGAUAAUCGCGUCGCAAGCAACCAGGUCCUUAUCGGCAAUUCUACAUGAGCAAAACCAAAACUAAAACCAGAAAUCAAAGUUUGCCGUAAUGUGUGGCAUUGGUGCAGUGAGCGAAAGCGAAAAGAAGUCGAGGAUCAAGAGACAACGCCACUCAGCAGACAGCCAUGAGUGGAAAUGGAAAUAUUGGCACGUUUGUUAAUUUUCAACGUGCUGCAGAAUGUCUGAGGCACUCGCAAAGGAUACCAAAAACUUAUAUGAGUAAGAAAAACGCGUUGAGGGCUAAUCCUUUAAAAUUCCUAGCAAUGCGACGGUGUGAGUGUGUGUAAAUGGAAAAUCGCAGAAGAAAUUAUCCCCUGAAGCCGCUAUUCUGAGAUAAUAUUUAGACAACAAAAGGAAAACGGAAACCUCUUUGAACGUGUGUGUGCGAGUGUGUGUGAGUGUGUGUGUGUGUGAUGAUAUGUGUAUGAGUGUCCUGUAUUGAUUUAAUUGAAGUCAAACCUCCCGUAUAUUGUCUACCCGGUGUCAUCAGGCAUUGGAUUCGGCUGCUGCGACCGGGAUCCGGCAGAUCUCCAAAAAAAGAUGCAGAAGAAAAUGAAGACGCCUGAUUAAAGCACAAACAGAAGAAAACAUAACCCCACUUUUAUGGAGUAAAAAUGGCAGCAAACGGUAAUCCACACAAACACACCUACACACAAAAAAAAAUCUCUUAAGGAAAAGCGGCAGACGCUGCGGGCGCGCCACAUCUCAUCUCUAGCGCGUUGGAGUGGCGUUAUGGGACAAUGAUGAUCUAGCACCGCGCCAGAUUACACAGCUGUAAAGCGGGGUCAAGAUUGCAUAUAGAAGAAAAUAAGAAACCAAGUUUACAAAGGAAAAAUACAAAAACAGAAAAAAACAAAAAAUAGCGUCGUGUCGUAAUGGGAACCUGGGGAGGGAAAAGCAAGGGAUGAAAACUAAUUCGCGGCAAAAGGAGAAAAACAGUGGAAAGAAUGAGGUAGAACGGUGGAUAUAUUAAUAUAAAUACCAAAAAUAUUAUAUAACAACAAAAAUAAAACAAACAAUGCAUAUAUAUUUAUAUAUGUAUAUAUGUAAAUUAUUUAUAUAUACAUGUAUACAUAUAUAGAUAUGUUGAAACGUGAUUAUACCACAAAGGCGUGUAGUGAUAUUGUUAUAAUAUUUCAACAGGUCGGUUUUCCAAUGCCCCUAAUCUCCAUAGGGGUAGUGAUGUCGUCCAUAUCUAGUGCUGUUGUUGUCCAAUGCUCGU